AUGUUUGAGGCUUCAAGUGGGGAAGUGAAAGCCAAGGCUAGUGAGGAGCUGAAAGCGGCUUGUAAGCACUAUGGAAAGGAACUGAUGGGUGAGGACAAAGUGAAGGUUCUCAAGGAGAUGAAAGACAGCGGCGCGACCCACGAGGCGAUCUCGCAGAAAAUCGAGGAGAUGGUUGAAGAAAUGACGGAUCCCGAAAAGAAAGCAAAAGCGAAACGUUUCACGGCAGCAUGUAAGAAAGUCUAUGGCUCUAGUCGAACUCGCAGAGACGAACCCCAUCCCGUUACUCUUGAAGAAGCUCUCCACAAAUACCUCACCUGGCUAAGUGAUGACCAGAAAGCAGAACUGAAGUCACUCAAAGAAAGCGGUGAUAAGGAAACUAUCUACAAGAAAGUCAUGGAGUACUUUGAAGGUGUCAGUGGAGAUAAGAAGGAAAAGGCCUCAGAAGAGCUUCAGGCCGCUUGCAAGCAUUACAUAAAAGAGAUUCUAGGAGAGGAGAAGGCCGCUGAAUUCCGUGCUAUGAAGGAAAGUGGGACAAAGGUGGACGAGAUUGUUAAGAAGAUUGAAGAAGCCAUCGAUGAGCUCACCGAUGAAGGCGCCAAGUCGAGGGCCAAGAAGGCAUCAACAGCAUGUAAGCGUAUUUUUGGCGUAGUACAUCGUGUGAGGAGGGACGAGCAACACCCUGUCACCCUCGAAGAAGCCCUGGACAAAUAUCUCACCUGGCUAAGCGAUGAUCAGAAAGCGGAACUGAAGUCACUCAAAGAGAGCGGUGAUAAGGAAACCAUCUAUAAGAAAGUCAUGGAGUACUUCGAAGGUACCAGUGCUCCUCGCUAG